GCGAAGCGUCGGCAGGUGGGCGCCGGUAUAUAGGAGGAGAUAGCGAGCGGCGGCCAUCAGUUCGAGACCAUGAGGAAGGCGACACUGUUGCUGACGGCGACGCUCCUGGCCACGGCGUCGUCCCAGUCCUGCGGGAGUGGCUUCACGCUGGUGGGAUCUGCCUGCUACCUUUUCCCGGAUGACUCUUUGACCUGGCAGCAAGCAAGGAACUACUGCCGAGCCCUUGUUCUCCCCGACGGCAAAAAGGCAUCGCUGGCGCGUGUGGAGUCCUGCUCCCAGCUGCACGCCCUGACGAACCACAUCACCAACCAAGGCUAUGAGAUCGCCGACUACUGGCUGGGCGGCACCAGCGCGCUGGACGUAACGGGCGCCUUCAGGUGGGAGUCCACGGGCGCCUUGGUGCCGAUUGGGCCGCCCUUCUGGUUCCCUGGGCAGCCUGACUACGCAGGGAUAGAGAGGACUCUGUCCCUCUCUAAGACCGGCCUCUUCGCGGAUGAAGGCGAAUCUUUAGAGCAGAAGUUCAUAUGCCAAAUCCUGUAGGGGAUGAUUUGGGAAAAGAAGGCGAGAGGCGGGAAGGGCGGGAAGUGGGCGGCGACGGGCCGCCAACCACCAGGCUGAGCGAGGCGGCGGCGGCGGACAGAUCGUAAGAAGCGCGCCAGUCCAUCGUCAUCAUUAAGAACUUUUUUUUAUAUAUAUAUAAGCCAUGUGAAGCACCUCGCAUGUAACACAAAUAAAAUAUAUUUGGAUCUAGAAGGAAA